CCCCCCCCAACUUAGGCUUGGGUUCUUUGGGAUUGGAAUCUCCCCUUAUUCUCAAAUAGACUGCUCCAUGCAUCCAACUCCUCUCUCUUUAAUAAUCUCCACCACCUCAUUCUCAACUACCUCUGCAGAACAACUCUUCCUUCACUUACAACCUGAGAACCCACUCUACUCUAUAUCGAAGAUAUAGACUUGUUCAAUCACCAAUCGGCCACCUCCACCUCCCACCUCCAACUCGACUUUGGCCUCGACUUUAGCCUCGACUCCCCCCUCAAACGCAUUGCAACUAAACUCGACCACCGACAGGCAACCCUCCAUGGGUAUUGUCCAGACACAGCAGACACCACAGGUGCUUUAAUGGAUAAUCUCGUCAAUUCCUAUCCUGAAAAAUCCCUCAUCGUGGUUCCGGGGUGGUGGAGGUUAUAUUCUGCUCACACGAAUCUAUAUCCACCGUGUGUGCCGUAACUGCGGUUCGGAAAUCGGCUCACCUCGCUCUCCGCCAACUUUGGUUCCUCCCCGUCCCAGUCCAAUCGCGGGUAAUCGGUCUCUCCCGAACCGACUCUUCCGUCCUUAACCAAGGACUAAUAUAAAGCCGUCACCAUUGACCGGCCAUUCCAGUCGACCAUUGGCCCGGAGGAUCCUACCAUCGGAAAUGUCGUCAGUCCAGGUCGUCAGGAUGCCCCAGACGGAAAACUUGCCCUCGAGUACUCCGAAUGAUACCUCGUCCAGACAUAGAUCACCAUUAUUCCAGAUAGGCUCCACGCCACCAUCACCACUAUUCCAGAUAGGCUCCACGCCACCAGCACAAAGCAGAGAACAGUCGCCCGACAGCCGUCCUAUAGACCUACAAAGUCCAAUUCCCGAAGAAGAGGAGGAAGAGGACGAGACCGGCAGCGAGGCCGCCAACGAACCCUUGACUCCGACUGACACACAACCACCACACGACUUCCGCCAUACCCCUCCUGACGACCUGAAAUACGACACUUCACAAGAGGCCUUCUCAAAUGUAGGGAAGCCGCCACUGCUCGUCAACACGGCCGCCACACCGCCGCCGAAGUCUCCGUCAGACAGGAAUCGAGAGCAACGUGCCUCUGUCGAAGAAUCUCUAUAUGCGUCGCCACAGCGGCCUACAUCCGCCGUCGACUCCGGUAUUAAGCGUGGCCUCUCGCAAUUCUUCCGUCGCUCAAAUCCCCACUCACAAUACCCCGCAGCGCCUUCCGGCACAUCCGCGAUCGAAGACCCUUCUCCGAGUCAGUCUCGUGGGGGAUCAGACACAAUGUUAUUUCAACGCAACUCCGGCGCACGCCGUGUCUCGGUGGUCGAGUCGUCGGAUACAACUCGCUCGAAUUCCCCGCCGUCACCGUCGAGUACGCCGCAAGACAAUAAGACGACCAUGCUCGAGCCCCACGCUUCGCAGUUUCUGUGCAAGAAACCCCGCGCCUCUAGUGGCAUCGGGUUCCGCCAGAGAUUCAUAACGUUUGCCGGGCCAAAGGACCUGAAGGAGCCAGCUCCCAGGCCGAGAGCGACCAGCGUAGUAGAUCUGCGUAGUACCACACAAAGCUCGAAAUUAAAAGAGCCUGAGCUCACGAGACACGAGUGGGGUUUCCCUGCCGAGGCCGGAACGGGCCUGAAGGCAAGGCGCAUGAGUCUGAGUCUGCCAGACGACUUCUGGGUUGACGUGGUGGACCUGCACAACGAAUUUUCCGACCAGAGCAAACUCAUUGGCCGACGUGGCAAGACGCUCGGUAAGGGUGCGACCUCGAAAGUUACACUAAUGACGCGCAAGGGCGGGUCGGAGCUGCAUGCCGUCAAGGAAUUUCGCGGCAAGCGAACGGGCGAGGUGGAAGAGGAAUACGAGAAGAAGGUCAAGUCGGAAUUCAGCAUCGCGAAGAGCCUGCAUCACCCGAAUAUCGUAGAGAGCAUACGCCUCUGCACGCAUAACGGGCGAUGGAAUCAUGUGAUGGAAUACUGCCAAGAAGGCGACCUCUUCAGUCUCGUGCAGAAGAACUACCUCACCGGCCCCGACCGCCUCAACGACCGACUCUGCAUCUUCAAGCAGCUCGUGCAGGGCGUCAACUACCUCCACGAGCACGGCAUCGCGCAUCGCGACAUCAAGCUGGAAAACCUCCUCGUGACCAGCACGAGCAAGAUCAAGAUCACCGACUUCGGUGUCUCGGAGGUCUUCUCGGGCAUCCACCCCGGCCUCCGCGAAGCCGGCGGGCAUUGCGGAAAAGAAAUGGGCGAGGUGCGGUUGUGCGCCCCUGGGAUCUGUGGGAGCAUGCCGUACAUCGCUCCGGAAGUCGUAGUUAAGAAUGGCGAAUACGACCCCCGCGGUCUCGACGUCUGGAGCAGCGGCAUCGUCAUGCUCCACGUCAUCUUCGGCGGCGCACUCUGGCCGCGCGCCGAGUGCGGAAACAGACACUACGACUCCCUCGUCCGCGGGUGGGAGAAAUGGGAAGCGAAGCACCCCCCCGGCGCGACCAUCACAGAGCUCGACUAUCCCCACGUCGUCGCCUUCGACCAAAUGGUCAACCCGCCCGCCCUGCGCCGCAUGCUCAUCGCGAUGCUGCACCCCGACCCGGCGAAGCGCAUCAAGAUGGCGGACGUUGCGCGCAACCGCUGGCUGCGCAACAUCGAGUGCUGCCAGGUCGACACGUAUGAGGACCCUAGCACCGUCAUCGAUGCCAGUAAGGCGACCAGUAGCGGGUAUGCGGGGAAUAGCCGCGCGAGGGUCGUGCAGCAUAAUCAUCUCCCGCCUACGAACCACACGGGUCACCGCUUCGUGAGGUUACCUGGGAGCACGGUCAUGUAGGCUUGGCUUGCCCUGAUGGGUCUAUUGGGAUGGAUGGGGGGAGGAGCGUCUGUUGUUCGGUUCUCUUUUACACCAUUUACCACGGUGGAGACAGCUGACGGCGCGAAACGAACAUUCCGUGUAUUAUGAGCGUUUUUUUGCAUGGCGCGUGUUGGGUACGGGGAGAUUAUAUCGUGUAUGUAAGGCGAAACAUCACUAUCUGCGCUGCUGCGGAGACCUUUUAUCGUUGAGAGGUGUUAUACGCGCCGCUGGGAAAGGCGUUUUUUUUAGAGAGAGAAAGAUUUUUUUUUGGGGUUUAGACAGAUACGAUACCUACGAAAUUGCUUGAGCUGGAUUUCUGGUUCACAUUCGUUUCGACUGGGGAUUUUUUGGGCGAGCGUGAGGGGAUGAGUUGAGGGUGGGGGGUAAUGUUUUUGGAUGGGUGAUGGGCAUGCUUUGGGCAUGGAGGUGGGUUAGGAGGUGGAUAUGAAAGGGAAAGGUGAUGGAUGGGGAGUAGAC